AUGUCUAUUCCUUCAAGAUCGAAGCUUGGCGUUGUGCGCCCUACAGAAAAUGGCGAGCGAUACGAGCUCACCGAUCCAACUGCGAUGCCCAAAGCGGGUGCCUUUUUGUGGAACACGAAGAUGAUGAUACAAGUCACUUGCCGUGGAUACGCCACAGCGUCCUUCAUGCAACCAGAGCCAGCAAAGUAUGCAUAUGCUCCCACCAUUGAGGCGAAGACCUUCAUGCAGCCAGAACAAAAUUACUAUGCGCACCAUCCUGGACGUUUCGUGUAUGUCAAAGACGAGGAGACAAACGAACUCUUCUCGGCGCCAUAUGAGCCAGUAAGAGCCAAGCUAGAUCGCUACGAGUUCUCCGCUGGUAAGAGCGACAUCAAAUGGACAGUAGAGAAGCUCGGUGUUCGUGUCGAGAUGGGCUUUUCGCUACCCAUGCACGACGUUGCUGAACUAUGGACCAUCAAAGUCACAAAUUUGACGGACCGGAGACGCAAGCUAAGCGUAUACCCUUACUUUCCCAUUGGCUACAUGUCGUGGAUGAACCAAGAAGCUGAGUGGAACGAGAAAGCAGGCGGCGUUGUCGGCAGCUGUGUCACCCCCUACCAAAAAGCGGAAGAUUAUCCGAAGAUGAAAUAUUUGAAGGACAAAACAUACUUCCUAUGUGAAACGAGUCCGCUUGCCUGGGAAGCUAGGCAAAAGCGUUUCGAAGGCGAGGGAGGGUUGCACAACCCAUCAUCAAUUCAGGGGCCACGAUUGACGAACAGCGAUGCACGCUACGAAACGCCAACGGCUGCUGUUCAAUAUAAGGUAGACCUCGAGCAGGACGAGAGCAAAGAGUAUCGCUUCCUGUUCGGACCAGCCUAUGACGAAGCAGAGAUUCUGGAAAUGCGUAAGAAGUAUCUCAACAAAGCGGCCUUCGCACAAGCGACGAAAGAGUACGAGGCGUAUAUCCAAGGCGGAAGCGGGUGUCUGAAAAUCGAAACCCCGGACCAGGCACUCGAUAAUAUGAUCAAUGACUGGUUACCACGACAGCUAUUCUACCAUGGCGAUGUGAACCGUCUAACGACAGAUCCUCAGACGAGGAAUUAUCUCCAAGACAACAUGGGAAUGAGCUUCAUCAAUCCCGAGAUUUGCCGCAAGGCUAUCCUAACAUCAGUCGGGCAGCAAGAAAGAAAUGGAUCAAUGCCAGAUGGUAUCCUCUUGGCCGAAGGCGCGGUACUAAAGUACAUCAACCAGAUCCCGCAUACAGACCAUUGCGUUUGGCUUCCUAUUGCUCUGGAAAUAUACCUGGGCGAGACCGGCGACUACGCACUUCUGGACGAAACCGUGACGAGCAUGUACGGUGACACAUUCACCGUUUUCGAACGAUUCAGCCGCGCCAUGGACUGGCUUCUGUCGAGCAACGCACGAGAUGAUCGUGGUCUGAGCUACAUUGCACAGGGUGACUGGUGUGACCCAAUGAAUAUGGUGGGCCCAAAGGGUGUGGGUGUAUCCGGAUGGUUGACCGUCGCAACCGCAUAUGCUGUAAAUCUGUGGGCCGAUGUUUGCGAGCAAGUCGGCAAAACUAUAAUUGCAAGCAACUACCGAUCUGGUGCCGACGCUGUCAACCAGUCCGCAAACGAGCACCUCUGGGAUGGCGAAUGGUACUCUCGUGGUAUCACCGACGAUGGUGUGAAAUUUGGCAUCAAAGAAGAUACGGAGGGACGAAUCUGGCUGAACCCGCAAUCGUGGAGUAUCCUGGGCGGCGCUGCAUCGACAGAAAAGAUCCAGACACUGCUACCGCAAGUUGACCAGCAACUUGACACUCCAUAUGGUGUUGUCAUGUUCGCGCCUCCAUUCACGGGUAUGCGCGAAGACGUAGGUCGCGUAACGCAAAAGUAUCCUGGCCAAGGCGAAAACGGAUCCGUGUACAACCAUGCUGCCGCGUUCUACGCAUGGGCAUUGUACGGUAUAGACGAAGUUGAUCGCGCAUACUCCACUCUUCGCAAGAUGAUUGCGGGACCUGACGAAGAAGAUCUGCUUCGCCGUGGUCAACUUCCAAUCUUCAUCCCUAACUACUACCGUGGAGGUCAUGGUAUCAAGAACCUCGAUCGCACAGCUGGACGCUCAAGUCAGCUUUUCAACACGGGUACUAUUUCGUGGGUGUACAGGUGCUUCAUAGAAGGACUGUGUGGUUUGAGAGGUGUCAAAGAAGGAUUGAAAAUAGACCCAAAGUUACCAAGUCACUGGAACGAGAUGAAGGCAACGAGGUUAUUUAGAGGCGCAACGUUCGAGGUUGAAAUCAAGCGUCAUAAUGUUCAAAACGUGGAGGUCAUUCUUGAUGGAAAAAGGAUUGACGGCAACGUCAUCAACAGUGUUAGAAGCGGAAAGACGUACAAGGUGGAAGUCAAGGUGCCGCAAGCGAAGCAGUAG